AUGUCCGAGCUAUCAGGACCGUCUGCUGCGCCACUGGCGAGGAUGAUAGCAGCCUUCGUUGCGUCACGCGCGGGCCGACCACCGUCGGCCAGCAGCCGAGAUGGCGGCGGCGGCAUCAGAGAUCGCGGCACCAGAGCAGCUGCGAUGUCGUCGUUGCCGUACGGCCUUUGGCGCGACAGAGGCGGCACACUUGACAUCACGAGUGCGCAGAACCCUAAGGUCAAGCUCAUGAGGUCCUUCCAUAAGCGACGGACCCGCGACGACGGUGGAAAAAUCUUGGCCGAAGGCCACCGGCUGGUGUGCGACCUCAUCGAAGGCGGCCUCACUCCGACCCUGGUCAUCGUGUCCCCUGAGGCCCUGCGCGCGUCCCCGGGCCCCCGGCUGCAGGCCGCAUUGGAAACCCUCUCGGCAGACGUCGUCGCCGUCGCCCCCGCGGAAGUCGUCCAGCGGUGCUGCGACACGGUCACGUCGCAGGGGGUGGUGGCGCUGGUAGAGAGGCCGGUGCUACCCCUGCCGCCGACCCUGCAGACGGUGUUGAUUUGCGACGGCAUUCAGGACCCAGGCAACCUCGGGACCCUCGUUCGGACAGCGGCGGGUUUGGGAGCAGACGCCGUGGUGCUGACAGGUUCGUGUGUAGACUACUGGGCGCCGAAGACCGUUCGUGCGUCCAUGGGGGCUUCGUUCCGACUGCCGUCCCUGAGGCUGGAGUCUUGGCAAGAGGUCGUAGAGUUGAUGCGGGCGCGUGGCAUCCGCAUGUACGCAGCCGAUGGGGGCGCGAGACUGUCGCACUUCGACGCCGACUGGACCUCUCCAAGCGCCCUCGUCGUCGGCGCGGAGGCAAGGGGUCUCAGCGACGCCGCGAGGCUAGAGCUGGAGAGCGGGGGCAUCGCGGGGGUCAGCGUGCCCCUGGAGGGGGGGGUGGAGUCGUUGAACGCGGCGGUGGCGGGCGCUAUUGUACUAGGCGAGGCGCAGCGGCAGCGUUUGGUGGCGGAGAGGCACGAUGGGAUUGGGGGGGGGAGAGGGGUGACGGGAGAUGGCGAGUUGUCGGGGGCAGUCUCGCAAUGA